ACGUCGGCGGCGACGCGCUCGCCGCGCGCGACCGCAGCUGUCGGCGGCCGCUGUACUACAACUGCUCGGACCGCCCCCGCCGAGCCACGUGCGCGCGUCCCUUCGCUACGAAGGCGCGCAAGCGCUGCUCGCGCACGCACUUCUCGGUCGGCGCCGCAAUUUCUCGGGCCUUCGCGUGCAACGUCUUCGUAUGGUUUACUCCACGACCUUCGCUCGCCUCCUUUCCCGACGGACCCGGUGGCUGCCAUUCUUGUCGCCAGUGUCCCGACUCGCGUUGUCGGAAAGUGUAUCUGUCGCGGACACGUUUCACUGGCCGGGAGGACCGGACUUGUUUCGCUGCGCGCCGAUCACGUCUGGCCAGCCAAUUGCCCGUCGUGCCCGCCUUCCUGCCUUCUAUCCUUUCUCGGCCCCUGGAAAGACCCCGCGUCUACCCAGGAACUCCCGCUGUACGUUGUAAACCCCCUGGUUAACCCUAGGCUCCCGGCCGACGUGACCCGAGACAGGCGCCCCAAAGAUGGCAGCGUUCGUAGCAAAGCAGAUGAUGGGCAGCAAGCUGAAUGCCGUCAAAGGCCAGAUCGGAGGGGACGGGGAGACCUCGGAAGACAAAGAAGCCGAAGCCGAAGCGGAGCAGGAGCGGCUCGAGGCGCUACGGGAAGCCGAGGAAAGACGAAAGGAGAAGCACCGGCGGAUGGAGGAAGAACGUGAGAAGAUGAGGCAGCAGAUCAGAGACAAGUACGGCAUCAAGAAGAAGAAGGAAGAGAAGCCUGCCGAGGUGGAUGAUUUUGCCGCUGGCAGUCUCAAUCGGCGAAAAAAGACACCCGAGGAGAUCGCCGCGGAAAACGAGGCCGCGGAACAGGAUGAUCUCACAAGACUGCGGAACACCAUCGAGACGCAGGUGAACGAGCUGAAAUCGAGCAUCGAAGGCAAGUGCGUACUGCAGUGAGUGCGGGCCUCCAGCUAUGCAAGCAGCAGGGCGCAGAGCUGCGCCGCCUCCGCAGAACACCGACGACGACGACGCAGAGCAAGGCCGCACGGGACGGGGGAGGGCACAGGGCCGCCUUCCCCGGGCCGCCCGCUAGAACGGAUACUCUAUUUUUCGCCCAGAGGCUCGCGCCCAGCAAAACACGCGCUCUUCCAGCAGCGGUGGCCUGCCGGGGGCGCGCUCGGAGACACGCCACCAAGGAUACAAAACUAAAGUACAACGGACGAGCGCCGGCAAAGACGCGGCUACAGCCGGUUCCCCCAGUCGUCUUCCCCUCGGCAGCGAGGCUGAAUCGGCCAUUGGCCCACAGAGGCGCUGCCUCCCAGCGCGCCCCCCCAUCGGAACCGGGCCGCCUUCCCCUACACCGCCCGGCGGCUGGGCCCGCGGGCCGCACGGCUGACCACGUGUUCGCGUCACGGCGCUCUCCCUUUAGCGCCCUCCGCGGGGCCUCUGCAGUCGCCGAAAUGUUGCUGUUGUUCGGCGUCGAACGUUAGAGGGCCUUGAGGAGCCAAGUUACACCCAGCGUAUUGUAGCUGGGCCUUGUGAAUUCGUGUCCCUCUCUUGUCCACUGCGUAAACCUCGAUGUCGAAUUCCGAAAAUUGGGACUAUAUAGUAGCAUUGAGGAGAAAAAAAGAACGCGUGUGGUUUUUACGACGAGUAGACCGUGAUGAAUAAAAAACACGUAGCGAGGCGUCGUUUUAUACCUACUCUCAGUAUAUAUCUUCUUGUGUUUUAUAAGAAAUUUAUAUGGACCCUAGCAGGGGGAGUGGCGGUGUCAAGCACCCCGACCACUCCACAGGUCGAAGCAUCAGCGCAGCAAGCUAGCUUUCGUGGGAUAUUUAUACUUUAUUUUUUCUUGUUUUCGGAGAGAAUGAAGGGCGCUCACGGGAGCUCGCUACAUCCUCUCAAGGUCGCAAACCAUAGGUGACAUGCGUCACGAUUUUACUCGGCGCCUGCGAGGUCGAUCGAACUCGUCUAAGCCGUGCGGUCCGCGGCGUGCGGGACGUCCGCACGCGGUCGGGUACGCGACUACGCUCCAUUCCUGGCUUUUCUGAGCCGAAGGCAAACUGUGAACUGCGCGCAUGUCUCAUCUAAGUUUCCGGCGUGUCCAUGCAAAACACAAGAGCUAUUUAUGUUUUUCUUUUUCUUUUUUUUCCCCUUAAGCAGUGCAGUGGUCGCACUGGCGCUGUGCACUGUGAGCACUGACCACUUUCGAACGACGAGCUCGGGCUCUUUGCGCCAAGUGAACUGUCACCGCCAAAGAUCUCUUGUAUGGACGCCGGUCUGGAAGUGCAGUCCCUGCUCCUCGCUCAGACAUGGGAUGCCACUGACGGCCUUCCGCCGGCGCUUUUGCUACGACGCCAGUGCGUCCAGCGAAAGUUCUGGCUAACCCCGAGACGCGUAUGUUUUCUUGUGCGUCGAGCCAGUCUUUAUUGGUCUGAAGGUGACGAUAUAGAAGCGCGUGAGGCAUUUGUGUUGGCCAACGCACCUACAUGCGUCAGUAGUCGCGCUUCGCCUAUGUCCAAUGAGAGCUGGCACGGUGCGCAUGCAGUUUUGCCUCGGUCCGCGAGAAGCCGGAAGGGAAUGUGGGCCCGGGGCGGAAGCGGUGUUCUCGGACCCGGAAACGGCCCCGACCACAGCGCGCCAGACAGUUGCUCAAUCGGGGAAGAACGCGCGGCCGGCCGAGCGGCGGACGAGCUGCGGGAGCCUCCCAAUGGAGUCGCCCGCAGCUGAGCCCGCGCACCCCUCCCCCUCCUUUUCCCUUCUCGGCCUGUGUCUAUUUCUUGCUUUUCGUGUACAUAUGUGACAGCCUCCUGUAUCGUUGUGCUCUCUGGGGUACGCCUGCCUGCCAUUGUGUGUUGUGCAGUAUUCGCCCCCGAAAUGCGGUGUGUACCCGUUUUGCUGUGACGUAUGUGACUCUCUCGCGUCUUGGAGGAGAAUAACUGUCUAGCAAACAGUGGCCAUGCUUCAAGCGACGUGUCGACGUGCAGUUUCUGACUUUUGUGUGAAUACACGACCUAGUAUGUAUGUUAUUGUUUUUUUUGUUUUUUCUCCCCGCUUUUGCGUGACACGGAAAAGCCGGGGAGGAGAAAGGAAAAAAAGGAACCGAAGACACAACUUUCUGGCUUCGACACAAGCGGUUCAGUUCUUGAUGUUGUGGACAUGAAAAUGACCGCCGGGGUGGCAGAUUUGACUAUUGUGUAGUUCAGCUACAGACGUCGGCUGUCGAAAUUCAACCCGCGAAUGGUGCACGGGAUUUUCGAAAAACGGGGGCUUUAGCUAAGCAAGAAGAACGGGGAAGAAUACUUAUGCUGGAACAGGCCGUUUCCGCAAAAGAAAAAAAAAUGUGUUUGGUUUCGGUGUGCGUUGUGUUUAUUCUUUCUUUCGCGAAUCGCUGUGUCGCGUUUCUUGUAGAGUUAUAGCUGGCAGUAAAUAUAGUUGGGCGGCAACACAUCGGCAGUCCCGUGGCGCACUUCCGAGGCACCCGCAAGCCAUUGGGCUUCUCGACGUCCCCCUCCUCUCUCCGCCGAGCGUACGCCGCCUGUUGUUUUGUGCAUGUAUUCAAAGGGAUGCUCCAUAAUGAAAAGGGACGCGACGUAGAUGCAGUGUGCGAGCUUAACACAACACACAAUUGUGGCGAAGCUACUUUCGCGCCGCUUCGGCUUACGCGAAGCGUCAAAGGUCACGCGUGAGUCAAGGUCUGCUAGGUAGAUGGUCUGCAGCGCGUCUUUGUACAAUAUAUGUAUGCUAAGAGUUGCUGCCUGCUGGCGACAUAGUUUUCUGGCUCUGUACAGCAAUAACCGGACGCCUGCGUGCGCCUUGCGUACCAGCGUGUUGAAACGAACCGUUUGAGAAAAAAGGAGCGUGGCCUUGGAAGCAUCUGCGUUAAUCUUGCUAGUGGCCGUUCACCGUCGGAGGCUCAGAGCAGAUCAGGUAGGUUGGCCUUGCAUUUGAAACACCUAAAAAAAGAACUCAAGAUCAAGUUAUGCUCAUUCCUCUUCCCUUGAACAGUUUUACUUAUGUGGCGCUGUACAUUAAGAUCUGUCUUCUAAGCAGCACAGCUUCCCGAUACCAAACCAGUGCUGGCCAGGGACCCAGAAGGAUGCAUGCUCUGCUGGUAUACUUAUCAUGAAUGAAAUUACCCAACAUUUAAGCGAUGAGACGUCACCUUCGGUGCUGUUUGUUGAGUCUUGCAAGCUAUGAAAUAAAUAUAGCAUUAGGGAACAAGCUACAAUAAAAGAGGCAUUAGGGAACAAAAACAGCAACAUCAGGAGCAGCGUAGUGAGAAUUCAUCCCAAUCAGCUUAAUGCUGUUAAGACACAUUGGCUCCCAACGCGGGAGUUCAACGUGUACCUAUCAUGUUAGCAAUGUUAUCAGUAGUCUCCUUUUAUCUCUGAGUCACUCUAACGCUCUACCGGGCCCCCAAGGCUACAACAAAACUUACGAAGUGGAAGGUACUUCGACUCUACAAAAUGAUUGCUAUGAGUGGCCUUGUUCCACUGCACUGCGGGAAAAUGCAGCAAACUCGGACAGCGAAUUAGUGCUUAACAUUCUUCGAUUGAGUCGAGGGAGCAAACUGCGCUGCUCGACGAAGCGCUGCUUCUUUCCAAAACGGUCCGUUUCGCCGCCGGCAUCCUUUCUUUUCCCUUGCGUGUGUAAGUGCCUGUAGAUGUAUUAUUUUUCUCUCUGAAGCCUAGAUGUGCAAAGCUGUGAGAGGGGGACCCAUGCAGUGGGACGUUAACCGCUUGCGCCGGGGCGGCGCACGCACGGUCAUGCGAUCAGAGCCGCGCCCGGCCAGCCGGACGCCGCCGUCGCGGAGUCACUGACCAGGCCCUCGCCUCGCACCCCUCUUCUGCUCCCUUCCACCCUCGAACUGUGGUGAAAUAAAAGGUAGUGCGAAGAAGAAAAAAAAGCGAGCCUGCUUUGCUCUCCUACCUCGGCGUGUGUGCUGAGUGCGCGUUCUCUCUAGCGGCUCCUACACUUAAGCGGAGAACUGCAGCAAGUGCAGAGAACAACGGUAAGAGAACAUCCCACGAACGGCGAGGCGCAGUUUCAGCAGGCGGACUGCUCUGGGCGCCCUUGAUUAAGACGUGCUGGUCUGUGUCGCCUUGGGCGCACGGCCUGAUUAGAACAUGUGGGCCCGUCUUAGUCAAGGCGACCCGUGUCUUCGUUCCCGCCAUGGUUGAGAUGGUUGAACGUGCCUUGGCCAGGACCUCGAUUUAAGACACGUCCACCCACCUUGUCACAGACUGAUAGGCCGGUUCCACCGUAGCUCCCUGUACACAGGAGGGCAAUAAGUACAUUUAAUGUCCUUGUGCGAUGGAAUACCAGUCGUAUCUGUCACGAAAGCUAGUGCAAUGUUACUUAAGCGAGUAAACGCACUAAUAAAAAACAAAGGAAAGUGAAGCACUUUCUUAGCGCGCUUUGUAUGCGCCAAAUUGCAAAAAGGAGAAUUUGUGCUGGCCUUACUGAAUCGUGAAUCAAAUUAAGUUGACGCGAAGGCAAUAAAAGGAACAAUCUGACUUCUGAUUCUUGGACGCGUCUCAAUUCUCAACGUGCUUAUUCUGACUAAAUUGAUGGCAAGUGUUCUAGACAAAGGCUUCCAGAGCGCAAGCUGGCUCGUGCUCUCAGGAGUCAGCAGGGCCACAGCUCCCAACACUGUCAGAAGAAAACAGGCGAUGUUGUCGUCCUGCGGAAAAAAUUAAUCUGGCGAACGCUUGCAUAAUAUUCGCGAAGCACUCUUUCCAAAUUCAGGGCGUGUCAGCUAGAUGAUUCUCAAAAAGACCCCCCUGUUGCCCUCGCAUCUCAUAACCCUUUAAUGGUGGCCCAGCUACGAACUCAUUGUGUAGAUAAACGGGUUUUUUUUCUACACACUGGUCUAUAUACUAUAUGGUCACUGCUCCCGACGUUGGGAGUUGCCACCACUACAAACCGGCAGAAACAAGAUGUGCGAGGCAUGGGCCUGUCAGCUGUCCCGCGGGCGAUCCUGCGCGGAAGAGAGGGGGGGGGCCGCGUCUCUGCGGGUGCCUCGGGGGUCGCGCGCCUCGGACGGCGUCCCGGGGACGGCUCCAAACAACGAAUCGCGCGCGUGGGGAGCGCUCUCUCGCGUCUUAGUGGUGGUGUGCGUGCGCUGCCCGGGCGGGCCACGGAAGUUGUGUAAGGGAACUGGCACCGCUGCAUCGCCGGGGGACGACGCCCAGCUAGAAGGCUCGCGACCGCUGCACCUCCCCUGGCCCUCCCCUGCACAGGUUCCGCCUUCUCACGUCUCAUAACCACAGGUUCAUCCUGGCAACACACAAACAAGAAAAAAAGGUCGAUACAACGAGUAAAACGUUAGCGGUGUGUGUGCUAGUGUCUCUCUCUCUAUCUCUUCUAUCUCUCUUUCGUGCAAGACAACCCCGCCGCCUUAACCACACCUCCACUAUUUGCACCCCUCGUGUUUCUUCUCUCUAUAGAGCUCUCUCUACAUAGGUUCGCAGCUAGCUGGCUUGGAGCUCUCCAAGGCAUUAGGCAAGGCACCGAGAUGCAGUCUGUAGCGGUCUACUUCUCUGCCCGGGCGGACGACGGCGGUCUGCCGCGAGCCACGUGGCCGGGAACCUCGCUCGCUCCGCACCUAGUGUAACACACUUCUCUGUCAGCUUUGUGUAUAGGUGCUUGGCCACAUAAUGGACUCACUAACCGUGUGUACACUAACCAGUGAUUAAAGUUCAGAGUUUAAGCUGGUG